AUGAUCGUCCCAACCGGAUUUCCCGUUAUCGACCCUGAUGGUACCGACCCUCAUGCAAGUUCAACGACCCCUCAGCUUCUGGUAAUUCAAGAACAAGCCAAGAGCGAGCCAGUAGACACUGCACUUCGUCAAGCCAACAGAGCACCUACUGCAGAUCAAGUAGCAACGGGUCACCUCCACGAGCCUACAACGGAAAAGCUCUCAAUCAUGAGCGCAAAGUUCCCCCUGAGAAAGCAAUUCGCGAAGCCCACCAGUCACGUUCUCACGAACUACUUCGAGGUGUCAUGGAACAACAAUACCAAGUUCUUCGUGUACGAGAUCACUGAUAUACCUGCUGGAAACAAGCGCAAGACCAAAGCUGUUGUCAAAACAGCGAUCCAGGCCUGGGACUUUCUCCGGAACAACCAAAUUCACUUUGCCACGGAUCAUCUGAAGUUUGUUGUGGCUUGGAGGGACCUUCAUACGGGUAUUCAGUGCCCUCGCAAGAGUACACCCGCGGACGAGGUUAUGUGGACUCCAACCCCAAUUGCAGAUGGAGACCGUCGCGUUCAACUAUACUUUAAAUAUCACGGCGAGAUGAACCUUGAUCGUCUACAGGACUACGUCAAUCCCAGAUCCAAACCCAACGACUCAGCUUUGCCCGACUUCAACUUCAACCCUCUAGUGGCAUAUCUAAACACAGUCAUUGCGAAGAAUCUGACUGACGAGGUGUUUCAAACAUCCUCUCACAAGUUCUUCUUCAAGGAUAGCCACGAGGUUCUCGGUAGAUCAAAGUCGCUCUGUGUCAUGCGAGGAUACGAUUACACCAUUUCGCCAGCUAUGGAAAAGGUUUUGCUCAACGUCAACGCUGCAACGAGUGCUUUCUAUCGCCCAAUCACGGUCGCAGAAUUUCUCAAGGACAACACCUUUCAUCAGAACGAGCGUGAGCGACGUAUCAAGCGAUUGCGAGUCUACAUCACCCCGGAACGACUAGCAGUUACUGAUCCUGAGGAACAGAUCCGCGUUGACAACCUGAACCGGCCCCAGAAUCGCAUCAAGACUGUCAAAGCUUUUGGUGGAGACAUCGGAAAUCGUUCAGACGACGCGUUGAAGUUCCGCAAAUGGUUCAACAACGGAGGCCAACUACAGCAGGCAAAUGAGGAUACACAUGUCGUUGACCACAUGAAGUCAGUCUUUGGUCACGCACAUAGAUUUGAUGAAAACCUCAAAGCGGUCAACGUCGGCUCCGAUGAUGAACCAGUCUGGUAUCCACAGGAGUUUCUCCGUAUUCUGCCGUAUCAGCUCUACAACAAUCUUCUUCCGGAUACACUCAUCGACUCGAUGCUCACGCUCGCCUGUCAAACUCCCGACCACGUUCGUGCUAGGAUCGAAGCUGAGGGCCUGAAAGGUCUUGGAAUAAUACAAAAGGAUGGAGCGCAGAAAUUUGACAAAUGCGAUGCGCUGACCAUCGACCCGCGCAUGCUUCAAAUACCCUCUACUCGAAUGGAACAAGUACACGCCGUUUACGCCAAGGAAUCCGGCAAGCCGGAAUACAAGAAGCCAAACAUGGACGGCAAAGCUCAAUGGAAUCUCGACGGCAACUUCAACUUCUUUAAGACGCCGACAUCUGGUAGCUCACUUGAAUACUACAUGAUCAACGGCAGCGACCUCACUGAGGAGAAGAUAGCUGAGACAUACAAGCAAGCCAUGAAUGCGAGUAUCACACAGUAUGGCAUCGCAAAGGAUGCGAUCUGCUGUGGUAUUUCCACCUUACCCAGUUACCGCAAGACAACCAAGAAAGAGGAGUCAGACGAGACGGUGUCUGAAACCCACGAAGAGCUCAAGAAACCAGACAUAACGUUGGCCAAAACCCACGAAGAACUCAAGAAAGAUAUCAAGGAGGCUAUCGAAAGAUGCCAGCAGCAAUCUGCCAACGGAAAGCUCGUCAUUCUUUUACUUGAACGAUACAACAUUCCUGUCUACUCAGCCUUCAAGGACGUCGCCGAUCGCAUAGCUGGGCUUCAAUCACUCUGCGUCACUGCCGAAAAGAACUCGAACAAGCAACUUGGCGACAAGGGGCUCAGCCAGUACUUCGCCAACGUCAUGAUGAAGGUCAACCUGAAGCAGGGAGGGCUAAACCAUACCGCAUGUGACGAAAAUCCUGGCGAAGGAACUAUCCGCAAUUCGCUUUUCAAGAAAGCGCCUGCCAGGAGCGUAAUGAUCCUUGGCGCCGAUGUUACCCAUCCAGGUCCCAACUCGCUCGUUGGCUGCCCCUCCAUUGCGGCUUUGGUCGGCUCUGUCGACCUAGAUGGAGGCAAGUUCCUGGGUUCUAUGCGUCUCCAAGAGAAGAGCAAGAAAGAAAUGAUUGACGAUAUAGAGGGCAUGGCCGAGGACAGGUUUCGAGCAUGGUUGGUAGCUCAGAAAUCUUUUCCUGAUGUGCUCUACUACAGGGACGGUGUUUCGACAGGGCAAUACGAGCAGGUCGUCAAAGAAGAAUUGCAGGCUAUCAAGAAAGCAUGGAACAAAGUGUUCCGCGGCGAACCAGCCGGCUCUCCUAAAAUGACGGCUGUCGUUGCGGUCAAGCGGCACAACACACGAUUCUUUCCUAUGGCUGGAGAAGCUCAUGCGAACGGCAACUGCAAGGCGGGCACGCUUGUUGAUAGUGGCAUCACAUCGCCCUUCUUCUCGGAGUUCUACCUGCAGUCUCACCAUGCUUUGCAGGGCACGGCUAUACCUACAAAGUACUUUGUUCUCGAGAAUGGCCUGAAGUUCUCCGACACGGAAAUCCAGCGCCUGACACACAAGCUCUGCUUCACCUACGUACGCGCCACAAUGGGCGUCUCCUAUGCUCCACCAGCCUACUAUGCAGACAGGCUCUGCGAACGUGGCCGCAACUACUUGCGCGACUGGUUCACACCCAACUAUGAGAGCGAUCACUUCAAAGCCUACCAGAACCGGAAGGUCACGAUUGACGACGAUGCUAAGACCGCUUUGAGAAACACAAUCUCGCGACUUCCUGUACAACCAAUUCCCGCGGGUCGUCGAAGGGCUAGAAAGUCGGUUGAACAGGUCGAGGAGGAACGCAAGUCGCGCAAAGGUGCCGAGGACCUUCUCGAGAGUGAAUACCUUAUCGCAGCGAAGCAGUACUUCCAAGGUCAACGAAAUGAUGGGCCUGGCCCGUGGGCCGAGGCUCUCGACAAGACGAUGUUCUGGAUGUGA